UGUCCCGGAAGUGCUCGGGAGUAAGAUGGCGGCGUUCAGAGCACGGUGCUACCUGGACCUGCGGCUGUUGGCCCUGGGGCGGCGGCAGCGGGCGGACCCAGUCCCAGCCGUCAGAAGCGUCGUCGGGGUACCCCCGCACUCAGGAUGGAUCUGGACACUUUGCCGGAGCCGGAGCUCAUUUGCACAGGCUUCUGCCUCCAAGGCUGGGGAAGACUCAGCCCUGCGGUGGCUCCUGCUCCUCAUCCCUGUGACCGCCUUCGGUCUAGGUACCUGGCAGGUCCGACGACGAGAGUGGAAACUGAAGCUAAUUGCAGAGCUGGAGUCCCGCAUCAGGGCUGAGCCCAUCCCACUGCCGGCAGACCCGCUGGAACUGCAGAGCCUGGAGUACAGGCCCGUGAGAGUCCAUGGGUACUUCGACCACUCUAAGGAGCUCUACAUGAUGCCCCGCACUCUGGUGGACCCGGCGCGUGAAGCACGGGAGGCGGGCAGGCUCUCUUCUUCUGCCGAGAGUGGAGCUUAUGUCAUCACCCCCUUCCACUGCACAGAGCUGGGAAUCACCAUCCUAGUCAACAGAGGGUUUGUCCCCAGGAGAAAAGUGAACCCUGAGACUCGGCUAAAGGGCCAGGUUGAAGGGGAACUGGACCUGGUUGGGGCUGUGCGGCUGACUGAGACCAGGAAACCUUUUGUGCCUGAGAACCUCCCAGAGCGGAACCAGUGGCACUACCGGGACCUGGCUGCCAUGGCUAAGCACACGGGUGCAGAACCCAUCCUUAUCGAUGCAGAUUUCCGGAGCACAGUGGCUGGAGGCCCCAUUGGAGGUCAGACCCGAGUGUCCCUGAGGAAUGAGCACCUACAGUACAUCCUCACAUGGUAUGGCCUCUGUGCAGCUACAUCCUACCUGUGGUACCAGAAGUUCCUACGCCGGACACCUGGAAUAUGAUAAGCUCAUUUGUCCUGCCCACCCCAGAAUGCAGAGUCAAGGAUAGAGGGGACUGGCUCACACCACUUUUGAGAUCAAAGGCUCCCAUUUCUUGAGUCCUGUUUCAGAACCAAGGAACUCCAAACCAUGAGGC